GUAGUUGUCCCGCCCUGGCGUGUGGUCAGUUGAUAAAGUCUUCUCGGCGUUACAAAAUAUACGGAGAGUGCCGUCGUCGCGUUUUCAGAUACUUAAAUACUGAAUCUCAAUCACCGGAAACCCCCCACAGAAUAGAAUCUCCCUCAUAAUGUAUCCCUUCGGUUCCGGAAUGCCAUCGCACCCCCCCUCCACUAACGAACCACCACGAGCGCCCUUUGGAGCUGGUUGGGUGCCACCGAUGCAGCAGAACUCGCCAUACCCGCCACCCCCCCAGCCACACCCCCACUCUCACCCACCGUCCCAAAUGCACCACCACCACCACCAGCAGCAGUAUCCCGGCCAGCACGGCAGCGGUGCUCCCUACCCACCAAUGGCAGCACCCUACCAGGCCGCCCCGUCCUACCCCCCUUACCCCACCUCGAGUCCGUACCCGGCUCAGUUCGCGCCCCAAGGGCAUCACCAGCAGCAGCCAGUGUCGAACAGCCCCUAUCCCACGGAUCGCGGAUUCACCCCAGCUGCCACAUACGAUGCGGGCUACGGCUACGGAAACGGACAAGGACAUGGACAAGCACAUGGACAUGGACAAGGGCAUGGACAAGGGCAUGGACAAGGGCAUGGACAAGGGCAUGGACAUGGACAAGGACAUGGACAUGGACAGGGUUAUGGGCAUGGACAGGGGCACGGGCACGGGAAUGGUCAGGGGCACGCGCAUCGGUCACUCACAGCUCACAGAGAGGGAACUCCCACUGUGGUGCCCGCGCAGGGCUUCGAUCCCGUCAAGGAUGCGCACGACUUGCGCAAGGCCAUGAGGGGCUUCGGCACGGACGAGGACGCCCUGAUCAACAUUAUCUGCCGGCGGUCGAACGAGCAGCGCCAGGAGAUCCAGCGCCAGUACAAGACGCACUUCGGCAAGGACCUCAUCGAGGACAUCAAGUCCGAGACGAGCGGCAACUUCGAGAGGCUGCUGGUCGGCCUGCUGCGCCCCAUCGUGGACUACUACUGCGCCGAGCUGAACGAUGCCAUGGCCGGCAUUGGCACCGACGAGGAGGUCCUCAUCGAGAUCCUCUGCACACUGUCCAACAUGGAGAUCUACACGAUCAAAAACCAGUACUUACGACUGUACGGCGCCCACCUGGAGUCCGAGCUGAAGUCGGAGACCUCGGGCAACUUCAAGCGGCUGCUCACCUCCUUGUGCACGGCGGCGCGGGACGAGAGCGGAAGCGUGGACCCCAACGCGGCCAAGAACGACGCCAGGGAGCUGCUGAAGGCUGGCGAGCUGCGCGUCGGCACCGACGAGAGCAUGUUCAACAUGAUACUCUGCCAGAGGAACUACCAGCAGUUGAAGAUGAUAUUCCAAGAGUAUGAGGGCAUGACUGGCCACUCGCUGGAGAAAGCCAUCAAGAAGGAGUUUUCUGGCGACGUUAUGGAGGGCCUGAUUGCCAUCUACAGGUGUGUCACCAACAAAGCCGAGUACUUCGCUUCGCGCUUGCACAAGUCCAUGGCUGGAAUCGGCACCAACGACACCCAGUUGAUCCGUGUCAUCAUCACUCGGUCCGAGAUCGAUUUGACGGACAUCAAGGUGGCCUUUGAACGUCUGUACGGCAAGUCCUUAAAGAGCUGGAUCAAGGGCGACACUUCGGGCCACUACAAGCAUGCUCUUUACGCCCUGGUGGGUGAACAGCGCUCAUCCUAGGAUUUUUCAUAUUUACUAUUCAAACCAAAUCGAAAUUGAAAUCAAUUAUUCGAAUUCCUAUGUAUUCGAACAUUCACGUACAUACAACAUACACGCCAAGGGAGCCUAACAAUUAUGACCCACUUUGUAGACUUUUGGUGCUCACAAACUUUACCUGAAUGGGCCUCUCCAGCCCAUGACCUCUCGACAAUUUGAUACCUCUUACAUAUAGCAAGUGUUGUAUUUGACUUAUUAAAAGACCUUUGUAUUUAAACGCGCUUGGAAAGACAAACACUAUUGAAGUUCCUCUCGUUUCACUUGCUACUGGUUUGAGAAAACAAUGAUUUGCUAAUGUUUUAUUAAGUGGCCACAAAACUGUUGCAAUAAAAACUAGGCAGUAAAUUAGACUUAGCUUUCUACCUACCGACUUCGUCUCAAGAGUGCCUCAAUGUAACUUUAUUGCCUACUUCAAAGCAUUUAAAACUGCAAACAUACACUGAAAUAUAUUCUUAUUGAACCGAAUCGAUUUGUAUUCACUUAUACACUAUACAUACUCGAGUUUGUGAGCAAGUGUUUAACUUCUAGUUCGCUCUCAACUGAAUAAAUUAUUAUAUAUGUGUGCAUUAGA